GAUAAUUGAUAACUGACGCUGUUGGGACAAAGUACAAUACUCCUUACAUAUGACAAACCUCCCAUCGACGGUUUAAUUCGAUACAGGUAGAAGGCAAGAAGUAGAAUGUUAUUGCACCUAAUUCAACAUGGAGGAGGGAAGAAUACAGCCUCAUUAUUCCCUUAAAUGUAUUGAGUGUCCAGCUAGAUACAUAUCAACGGAUGCAUAUAAAUCUUACUGAGUUACAUGCACUGAGAAAACCCUUCUGAAAUGGAUAUCUCCAAGUCUUUCAUGUACUUAAAUAUAGCUGUAUGUUUGAUGUGGAAGAUGAUUUUAAUUGAUUCUCGUUUCUGUCCUGUCUCUGUGAAAUCUGCACGAGAAGUCACCUCUUGUCCAACUGAACAAUCAGAAGUACUCGAGGCCUCUAGGAAGUUAGGAUGCGAUAAACUAGCAAUGGUUCAAAACUGCUCCUCACCAUCGGACUUCAAGUACCACUGUGUUAUGAACGUAUUUGAGAACGCAACCGUGGAAGUAUGUGCUCCUACACGGUAUAUAUCAAGUUAUUGCACCGAAUUCAACAUGGAGGGAGGAAGAAUACAGCCUCAUUAUCCCCUUAAAUGUGUUAAGUGUCCUGCUAGAUAUAUAUCAACGGAUGCGUAUAAAUAUGGAUUUUGUUACGACAUCGUAAGAAAAAAUCAGAGAAAGGGCGAAGAAACCAUGUCAAUGAAUACGACCACGACAUCGAUAGAGCAAGACACUGGUCCCGAAAUUCUGGACUGGUGGAUCGGGAUCGGCGUUGGUGUUUUUAUCUGUUUGGUUGUGGUUUUAGCACUGAUUAUAUGGAUCUACAAAUGGAGGAAAAGGACGAAUAUUAGGACAACUGAAGAAGAUCAACAGAAAAUGCAUUUGCUAGAAUCUGGAGCGGCAAGUCACAAAGAUACUGGAAAAACAGAUAACACUGAACGAGAGAAAUCGGAUCAAAUAUUGAGAAAUAGGAGGUUUUUAGACCAUAUCGGAAAUAUAUUUAAGCCGCAAUUUGAAAAGCUAAAGUCCGAAAUAAUCAAGACUGAUCGCAACAACUAUCUUGUAAUCAAUCCAGAAGAAGAUACUAAGGGUGUUAGUGAGGACGGUGGCUGUGAAGUAGAGGAAUCACCAGCUACAGUUAGGGAAGACAGAAAUGAAUUCAAAGGUCUUUUCAUUCUUCUCGCAAUCUUAUAUAAGGAUACAUGGAAGAGUGCUAAAGAAGUUUGCAGGUACAUGACUUCGUUUGAAAGGAAACACAAAAAUUACUUCAAGCUUUUUAGAAUGAAAAUGUAUUCCGGGAAAUCACUUUCAGCAGAUUUUGACAACAGCAUGCAGAAGUUGAGAAAUGGUAGUGAUUUCCCUACUCUGAGGGAAAUUUACGCUGCCUCAGAAAUGCUAAAUCGGAAAAUUUUGCUGGUCAAGAACAUCUGUGGGGAAAAUCGUGCUAUUGCAAUUUGCCCAGUAUUAUUAGGGCUUUCAAAAGAGACAGAACCAAUUGAAAUUGAAAUGAACAAUGACAAUAACAAACCUACGUUUCGUUGUCUAAGUCUGGAUGAAAGUGUUGCUGAAAAAAGAUACGUCAUCAACGAAGGUCAUGAGUUUUGUCUUGAUAAACGCUUCCGAAAUUCAUUUGAACUUCUUCGCGACGCAAACUAUUUUCCGUCAUACAAAUACAUCAAACAGGACUCAUUCUUUGAAAUAUUUGGGACAUUAAUAUAUGGAGUCGAUUCAUUAGACAAUUUUGAUACUAGUAAUGUUGAUAUCGUGAAAAUGUGUCUAUCUGAGCACGAAAACGAUAAAAAUAUCAAGGAAAUCUAUUCUGAUUUCGUCGAUAUUGACACCUACUCCAAUGUUGAUGAACGAAAGAAGUACGAGGAAACAAACGAAGAAAAGAAGAAGUUGCGAUCUGCUAUACAACAAAAAGGAUUGGCUGUCCAUCUAGUGCAAUGGAAAUCCCUAACUCAAGGAGACUUUUUUGCAAUAUCAAGUAUAUUUGGCUUUAUUCUGUACCUCGAAGAAGACCAAAAAUGGCAUAUGAUACACCCACUGUGUGGUGAAAUGAUGCAAACCAUCAAAGGAUCUUUCAGUCUGAGGCGUAUUUCUAAGGACUGCUUUGAAGUAGAUGAGACUUUGACUGAACAUAAAACAAUUAAAUGCCUAUGCCAAGUGCAAACGCCGACAGUUUCUGGGAUGUUAAACGACGCUGAAUGUUUGAUAAGUGAUCGUAUAAAAAAGGAUUUCAGCCCUGCCAGAGAAGUGUGCUGUAGGCCAGUAGGUCUUGGCACUAUGCACUCUCAUUUAUAUGCGAUUCAAAAAGCUGAUGUGAAUAUAUUCAAACGCUUGUGUUGGGAGCCUCAAAGCAGACAAGAUCCCGUAGAAGGUUAUCAAAAUCCUAGUCUUCAACACACACUUAUUAAGAAUUAUCUAAAGGACAUUUUCAGACAGGUGGAUUUAAGUUCCAAUGGAUCACUAGAAAACUGUUUAUGCAAAGAGAUAUGUGGUUUUGAGAACAACAACUACAUCAAAAAGCUAAAAACAAAAUUGGGAACUCCGGAGAACAACAUUUCUUCGAAGAUACAAAAAGCAGCACAUCUUGUUGGAGUUUCGGUUUACGUCUUCAGAGUGUCCACUUUUCAAUGUCAUUGGCUAUGUUUUCAACCACAGAAAAAACGUUCAUCUUUUAAAUGCAAUUUCUACAUAACAUUACUACAAACUGGCGAGGACGGAAAUGAAAGAUUCGACAGGAUAGUUCCGAACACUGGAUGUAACUGUUCGAUGUAUCCACCAGAUACUGAUUCUUCAUCGGAUAAAGAUAAUGCAAAUAAACCCAAGACCGAUAUUACGCGCGAACAGAGACAUAACACGCUCCUUUACCUGUUGGAGGAUCCGCAUGGAAAACUUCUAUCGGGGCUGUUUGAGGAUGAAAAUAGAUAUUGUUCAGAGAUACCAAGUGAUUUUGAUAAAGCAGAGGUAAAUCUAAUUCUUUCCAAUCCAUGCAUGUCAAGAAGGUCCAUCGACCCAACGUCAUCGUCAACGUCAGGGGCCCCAUCUUCACUUUUUCGUUGUAUCAGCAAAGAAAUAUUUGGAACUGAACGGCACUUUGACAUUGUGGAUAAAUUAUACACCCGUGCGCUUAGACGUGACUCAGAUUCUCUGCAGAUCACCUCACCUACAGAUGACUUUGAUGUGGAAUGUUCUCUGCAAAAUAUUGCGACUCUUUUCAAGUGUCCUAUAUACGUUAUCAGCUUACGUAAAGAAAACAGUUUUCCAGUAUGGAGGGACUUCAAACCGGAUCAGAGAAAAUUUGAGGAAAAAAUCGAACCUAACGAUGAAUGCCGUGGUAAUUUUUAUAUCACUUUGUAUUAUUCAACAAAAAAACAUUUCCAUCGUGUUGUAGCGACAGAUUUGGUGUGUAACUGUCUGUUGGAUCCUCCUAGCGGAUCUGAGAAGGAUAUCACAACGAUCAAUAAAAAAGAAAAUCCUCACGAGAAAAGGUUCAAAAAGGGAAAGCGACAUUCUUUUAAGAUAUCUAUCCCACUUGAAAAUUAUACAACAGCUGACUUUCGUCGGAUUCCAGUGUUUUCAACCGCAUCAGAGAGCAUUAUUUCGACAAGUGAUAAUAUGAGUGAAAGAAUGAUAGAUAUAAUGUCGGAUUCUUCCUUUUCAUUAUGUCGAUGCUUCAGCAAGGAAGUGUUUGGCACAGAAGAACACCAUGAAUUAAUUAGGAAUUUGCUAGUCCAAGACAUAAAAUGCAAUGCCGGUAUCUAUAUGGACCUUAUGCAAAAUAAACUGAAGGCCUUAAAACAAAAGGAAGCACUGAAAGAUACUAAAACUGUCAUCUUAUCGUGCGUUAACUUGAUUACAGAUGGAAUAGAAAUGCCUUUGCUUCAACUUCAAGCUGCAGCAAACAUUUUUCAGUGUUCCAUUUUUGUCAUAAAGAUUAUUGAGGAUGACGAAAAACUAUUUUCUGUUUGGGAGGAAUUCGAAACAAACGACCGCAAAGAUUAUGCCAUUCAAAACCAGGCGAAAAAUGUGUGCAAAAGAGGAAAACACUACAUUACACUAUAUAAAACUUUCACAGGGCCAUUCUACAGAGUUGUUCCCAAGUGGGAAAUUUGCAACUGCUGUCUUCGAAUUCCAGACGUUUCAAAAAGAGAGUUGGUCGUUUCAAAUAUAUCAGAUACAAAUAUGAAAGCUAACCAGCAACUUUUAUUGACAAAAGCCGCAUUUAAUGAAUGGUUGAGAUGGGUCAAUGCCUUUGAAUUGGUCUUGAUAUCAAUCAUCGAAGAAAUAGAGGAAAGGCGGAAGGGUGUUAAUAUUGCUACAAUCACUGGUUCAUCCAUCGGCAUGAUUGGAGCUGUCUUAACAGCGAUUGGUAUACUCGGAGCUCCAGUGACAGCAGGUAUGGCACUUUCCUUAGCCAUAGCUGGCGGUGUUAUUGCAGGUGCAGGAACCGUCACGUCAGUUGGAGCCAAGUUUACUGAGAUGGUGUUGAGUAGGAACAGGAAAGAGACACUUAAGCGUUGCGAAAUAAAAAUGGAUAUACUUUCAAACCUCCUAAAACAUAAUUUAGAAAAACUGAAGCAAAAGCUGGAUGUAUCCCAAACAGGAGAAGAGUCUUUCCACAGAGUAAUACCAUUCCUUCGCGGUUUAUGGGGAGUAGGAUCUGUACCACUUAUCGUCCUCAGAGUUUUGUCCAGAGCAGUCGUUGAAGCAGAAUCUGUCUUUUUUCCCGUGGCUGCUGUUUUGGAUGUUGUACAGGCUGCUUUAGCAGCCAAGAGUCUGUAUUAUGGAUCAGUUACACCUGAAUCGCUACAUUUACGCAAUCGCAGAAAUCGUUUACGACUUGUACGGCAGCAAAUGAUUGCAUGCAUGUUUGGAAACAGUGAGGAAUUAAGGAAAUAGAUGCCGAAAUCCAAAGUACAGUUGACAGCAGUGGAGUUCUUUGAACAUCCUAGUACUUUGAUUAUGCAACUACCAGACUUUAGUUACAGACAAUAUAGAGAUAUUGUUUUAAUGGAUUUAAAAGACCCUUUGAAGAAACAAGAAUGCUUAUUUUUGUUGUAUAUUUCAUGCUUGAUUUUCCCCGAUAAUUUAAUUUUUUCUUUACGCUAAUCUAAUUGAUUUUAUUAAGUGGGGGAAGUAUGUGGACAAAACAAAUUCCUACGGUGCCGUUUCUGAAAGAAUUAAUGAUAAUAUUUAUCUUUUUGAUAGAACUUAAAAGACCAAUACGAAAUUUAAAUAUGUUUUCUUUGUUCAAGUAAAUUGAGUAGAAAUUAGUUUAUGUAAAAAUAUAAUAUAUCAAUCACAAAUUUGUUUUUGAAUCAAUUGAAAAACAUUUAUUAUCAAGUAACACAUGGACUGGUUGGGGUUAAGUAUCCGCUGAUAGCCAAAUGUAAUUCUCACCGAGGGUACCACCCCCACCCCCUGAAUUGGAGACAUUUAUAGUACAGUAAUUAUAAAAUCAUAUAAAUGUACUGAUUAUCAAUACAGUAAAUAAUGUUGUAUAGUACAUGUAUAAUUAGCAAUAGACAAAAGUAUUGGCGUGAUAUUAUCAAAUUUAGAAUUUGUAUGAAGCAAAAAGCUACGCUACUAGAGGCAAAACUACCCCAAGUAGUGGGUUUCUAGGUCAUAUAAAGAUGAAAUUAUUAUUGUUACAUAAUACUAUAUAACAUAUUUGAAUACUCAAAAUGUAAAGUGCAUGCGAAAACCCUCUCUUAAUCCUCACCUAGGGUAGCAUGAGUCCAUGAAUUGGAUACAUUUAUAUUACACGUACAGUGAAUAUAAAAUCAUGUAUUUCAUAUAUAAUCGUUAUUACAGUGAAGGUCUAGACCUAGUUAAGAAAUUGUUUGAGAAAAGGAAAUAUAUUUUGACAUAUUUUAAGAAAUUUAAUUCUUGUAGAUUAAAAGUAAAAGCAAUUUUAAAAGCUCAAUAUAAUUUACUUAGAAAUGUAAGUGAGAUUAAUCCGAUUUGACAUGAGAUUAUACACUUACAUUUGAUUGAGAUGAUGAGACACACACGUAUUUCUGAGAUUUCAUCAGACGAAUGAGAAUGCAUUUGAAAUCAUUUGAGAACAUUGAAUUUCAUGAGAUCAGAAAUGAAGUAUAUAUGCUAGAAUUCAUCAGAUGAUUUAGCAUUUUUAUCGAAUUAAAAUAUUGAGAUUGUCGAGAAAUACACUUAGAUUUGAUUGAGAUAUGAUGAGGUAUUUUAUCACAUGAUGGAGAAUUCUUUUGGAAUUAUUUGAGAACAUUUGUGAGAUUAUUGACAUAUACAUUUAGAAUUAUGCUUUUCAACUUUGUGCUUUUGGCUGUUACUAUUAUUUCACUUAUGAGUGUUAGAUGUUCCUUUAAACAUAUAAUUUCUCUGCAUGGUAUUUUGAGACAACAUUAAGGAAAGACUAAGCAUUAUUCCUCUUAAAUGUUGUUUAAUAAAAGGAGAUGCUUUUCAUAUAUCAAAA